CUCCUCGUUCGGCCUGCACUUCACUUCUCGCUCGAGCAGUCGGUGAUCGAAUCGUCGAGGCGUCCAUUGUUUCGACCUCGAAGGCACGCACGCACGCGCGGUUGGUCUCCGAGAAGGUGUUCCUUUGGUAGCUCGGCUCGUCGAUGCCAGUCAUGGCGACAAUUUCAGCUGCCGUCGUCGCUGGAUUGUCCGGAGCCGUCGUGUCAUCUUUCUCUGCGGAGCUCAAGAAUCCGGCUCUUCGGAGCAGUAACGGGAGGGCACGAGUUUGUGCUGUUCGCGCCGGCAAAAUCUCAGGGGCAGCAGGCGUCCGGAGAAGGCCGACGCAGGCUCAGCAGCAGCAGCAGCUGAGCUGGAAGAAGAAUGCGGCCAAGUCAUUGGGUCUCGUUUGUGCCACCUCCGUGGAGGUCGUCACAAACAGGUCUAUCAGAUGUGCUACCACAGAGGAAAUUGAUGCCGAGAAAGAGCUCAUUGAAGAGGAUGCUAUGGAGAGAAUGGAGAAAACCUUAGAAACGGUCAGAGGAAAUUUCAACUCUGUGAGGACAGGAAGAGCGAGUCCGAAUCUACUGGACCGUGUGGAGGUUGAGUACUACGGCACCAACGUGAUUCUCAAAAGCAUUGCUCAAGUGUCCACACCAGAUGGAAGCACGAUUCUCAUUCAGCCUUUUGACAAAUCCAGUCUGGGUGCCAUUGAAAAAGCUAUCAUCAAAUCCGAUGUGGGUUUGAACCCGAAUAAUGAUGGAAAUGUUAUCCGGUUGAACGUUCCCCAGCUGACAUCCGACAGGAGGAAGGAUCUUUUGAAGUUGGUAUCCAAGCUUAGCGAAGAUGGAAAGGUUGCUCUGCGGAACGUACGAAGAGACUCUAUCAAGGCAUAUGAGAAACUUGAGAAGGAGAAGAAACUUUCUUCCGACAAUGUGAAGGAUUUGAGCGACGACAUUCAGAAAAUGACCGAUGACUAUGUCAAGAAAAUCGACGUCUUGUUGAAGGAGAAGGAGAAGGAAUUGACGACGGUGUAAAUAAUCGGAUCGAUGGGAGGUGACGAACCGUGCAGCCGUGUUUCGGUCGGAGUUCGAAUCGUUCUAGAAGUUCGCAUUUUUGACGGCAGCGUUUAGAAGUCUUUACUGUAAAGCUAGUCAGUCACACAUGUAAAUCUACUUUCCCCGAACAGCAUACAAGAAAAUGUGGCCGCCAAUCCAAGGGCGGCAAAUCCAAAAAUUCUCAAGAUCACUCACUGUCCAGCGUCAAUUGUGCAUGACAUACGUCUCUUCGCUUUGUUCAUCCUCGUCGAGAGUCGGUCAUCAUCAUCAGUCCCACGAGUCCAAGAGCAA